CACCUGUCCGCAGGUGACCCCGCCCACCUCUCUGCAGGUGACGCUCUGUUUCCUGGUUUCCCGCGUGGCUCCGUCUGAAGUGGGACUUCUGUGAGUGACAGGUGAGUCCUCCGGAGACAGGUCCUGUUGUGUGUGACAGCUGAGUAUGUGAGGGACCGGGUCUCUACCGGGACAAUACUGCGGUACCUGUUCUUUGCUGGAAUUCUGCUGCGGUACCGGGUCUGAACCGGGUCUGUACCGGUACUCUGCUGCGGUAGGCUCCCGGGCGAACCGGGUCUGUAACGGGGAUCUAUUGCUGUAACGGGUCUGUACCGGGACUCUACUGCGGUACCGGGUCUGUACCGGGGCUCUACUGCGGUACCGGGUCUUUACUGGGACUCUACUGCGGUACCGGGUCUGUACCGGGGCUCUACUGCGGUAGCGGGUCUGUACCGGGACUCUGCUGCUAUAACGAAUUUGUAGCCUACCUGUUACAUUCCCUCCUGCCGAGCCGAGGUCUGCUGAGAUGUGGCUGCUCCCGCUCUCCGUCCCCCUGCUGGGCCUGCUGGCCCUGCUGGCCCGUCAGCGGGGGAUCCUGGCCGCGGGGCGGGGGGCUCUGAACCGGGUGCUGCGGUGGGCGCGGGGGCCGGCGUGCCCCAGGAGGACCCACGCCUUCGUGUUCUCCCAAUGCACCCAUGGCCGGGCAGACAGCGUCCUGGAGACCUUUGACCUCCACGCCGAGACACACCACACCCUGGAGCUGGGGAGGGUCAGAGGGGUAGAGCUGGACGAGGUGGUGGUGCGCGCGGCCCCGCGGCGCGUGCUGGAGCUAGGCCUGGGCUGCGGCUACAGCGCGGUGCGGACCCUGAGGCUGCUGCCCCCUGGUGGGCGGCUUCUGGCGGUGGAGGUGGACCCCCUCAGCGCCGAGCUGGGGGAGGAGCUAGUGCUGGUGGCUGGGUUCAAACACCACCAGUUCGAGGUACUGACCUGCAGCUCAGCCGAGGCCAUCGCUGGGCUGAGGCGGCCUCUCCAUGGCGACCAGGGGGAGGAGGAGGGGGGUCUGGACCUGGUCCUGAUGGACCACGACCCCCAGCACUACCUCCCUGACCUGCGGGCCCUGGAGGGGUGGGGGCUGCUCCGCCCCGGGGGGUGCCUGGUCCUGAUGGUGUUCCGGGGUCAUGACUCCGUCGUCCGGCAAGAGGUCCUGGAACACGUGGGGUCGCGACCCCAGAGCUACUCCUCCUCCGUCAGGUCUGGCCGCGGGGGGAUAAUGGAGGUCCAAUACCGGGAGGAGACCAUAAGCCUGAUGUCAUCGGGUGAUGUCAUCGGGUGAUGCCAUCGGGUGAUGCCAUCGGGUGACGUCAUCGGGUGAUGUUGUCUCUCGAUGUCAUCCUGUGAUGUCAUCUGGUGUUACGGAUUACCUCACUCACCAACUACGGUUAACAUGCUGUCAACAUGUCGCAUUCUGUGUUCUAUGUUUACUUACACAUUUCUGUUUAUUUGGUGAAAUGUUUAUUAGAAUUGGUUCAUAAAAUAAUAUACAGCUUC